UUCUCCUGUGUUGCUGGGUGCAGAGUCUGAGGAGCACCAGGGGCCACAGAGUAUCUGAGAGGGUGCCGGCCACUUAAACCCCAGUCCAGGUGAGCCACCACGAAGUUUUUCUGAGUGGGAGUUUUCCAGCACUGCCCAGGUAAACUCAUAACGGCGGGCCUGCAAAGGUUGCUUGAAUGGGGGGCGCCCUGGCGUGGGCACCGUGGUUGCUGCUGCUACUGCAGGAUCCGUGUAGCCUGGGAUUGUCCUGCAACGUGUCAUUGGACGUGGGCUGGAGCAGGGAGUUCAAAGCCCCAUGCCUGAACUUCAGCGGUCAACACCUGAGCCUGCCCCCGAACAAGUCUCUGCAGGCCAUCGGAGUUCGCCUCCUCGACCUGUCUGCUAAUGAACUUCGAGAGCUCCCACAGCCCUUCUUCAACACCCUUCAUAACCUGCAGAUCCUGAAUGUGACAUACAACCCCCUGGAACAUGUGCCUGCGAUGCUGGCAGAGCUCUGCAGCCUUGACCUGAAAGCCAACUGCCUCUGCGCCCUAGCCCCCUGGCAUAAGGUCCGGCAGGACAAGAACUGCUCUGACCCACCACUUUUGCAGUGCCUGGAUGAACGAGCUGGCACCUGGCACAACCUCUCCACCUUCCUGGAGAGCGGCUGCCCACCUGGCCUGUCCUCUAUGACCAUUGGGGUGCUGGCGGCCAGUGGAAGCCUACUCCUCGGGCUCUUCAUAGCUGGCUCAUUGCUGGCCUGGAGAUUCCGGGCACGCUGGGCACCCAGUAGCCAGGGCCUGGGCAAAACAUGGGCUGCUGCAGAUGGUCCUAGGUCCGGUUCUGGCCGGCAGCCGAGGUAUAGUAGCCGGAACCACAGCCCUAAGCAACCAGCGGACACCCUGCCCAGGCCCCCCACGCCUGACUAUGAGAAUGUGUUUGCGGGCCAGCCACCUGCCGAGCACCAGUGGACCAAACACGGGGCUCACCCUUCAGAGGACAACGACCUCUACAUGAACUACGAAAGCCUCCCCCAGGCUCCCCAGAGCCCCUGCCAGGCCUCCCAGCCCAUCUACGGCAACCUGCAGUUCCUGGGCCAUACCCCACCGGUUGAUGAGGAGUACGUGACCCCUGGGCACUGAGCCUGCAAUGGCCUGAACUCUGGCCUGCCCUCUUCCAGGGCCAUUCUGGAUCUCUCCUGGCCUCAGUCUCCCAGUCUGAGGAAUGGGGACAGGGAGGAACUGUCUUGGAGGUUCCUCCUCAGCCCCCGCUCUGCUCUUCAGCACCUUUGGCUGCUAGAAAGGAAAGAGGAGAGACCCCAACACAGACACAGGAGGUUCAGAGUUUAAACUAUUGUCACCUCCCUCUCGAUGUGCAGGUGGUGUUCAAUAAACUCUGUGGGGCAGAUGAG